AUGGCACAAGCUCCUGCGGAAGACCAUUUUUUCAACACGGCAUUGUACGUUGGGGAUCUUGACAGCAACGUCACCGAAGAUCAGCUCUAUGAUCACUUCAACGUGGUUGCCCAAGUCGUUUCCAUUAGAAUUUGCAGGGACUCUUUAACUCAGAAAUCCCUCGGUUACGGCUACGUCAAUUUCAGUAACGUUCAGGAUGGAUUGAUCUUCGCUUUUUUUGUUGCAUUGCUCGCCGCAAAAGCAUUGAAUGAGCUAAAUUUCAGUGUGUUGGAAGGCAAACCCAUUAGGGUAAUGUACUCUAAUCGGGACCCUACUCUUCGUAGGACUGGUGCAGCUAACCUUUUUAUAAAGGUGCCUUUUGCAGAUUCUUCCCCCUUGAUGAGUAUUAUUGAAUCUUUUUCUGCUUGCUCAUUGAAUCUUAAUUUGGAUAAGUCAAUCGAUCACAAGGAUCUAUUCGAUGUUUUUGCGACUUUUGGAAAUAUUCUAUCUUGCAAGGUUGCGAGGGAUGCCUCUGGCGUGUCUAAAGGUCAUGCUUUUGUGCAGUUUGAUAACGAAGCCUCUGCAAAAGAGGCUACUGACAGGUUAAAUGGCAUGCUGCUCAAUGAUAAGAAGGUCUAUGUGGGUCCCUUCAUGCGAAAGAAGGAUAGAGAGGCUGUUCCUAGUGGUGACGCAAACUUUAGUAAUGUUUAUGUAAAAAACCUGUCGCAUAAAAUAACGGAUGCUGAGUUGGGGACAAUUUUUGGAGAAUAUGGACCCAUUACUAGUGCUGCAGUGAUGAAAGAUGCAGAAGGUAGAUCAAAAGGUUUUGGUUUUGUCAAUUUCACAAAUGCUGCUGAUGCUGCUAGAGCUCGGGACGCUCUUGAUGGAAAGACUUUUGAUGGUAGGCAGUGGUAUGUUGGAAAAGCGCAGAGAAAAACUGAAAGGGAGCUUGAGCUGAAAGAGCGUCAUGAGCAGAAUUGGAAGCCUCAACCUUAUAAGCAAGGUACAAACUUGUAUAUCAAGAACUUGGACAGUAGUAUUGGGGAUGAAGAACUCAAGGAAAUUUUUUCUGGGUUUGGUACAAUAACCUCAUCCAAGAUUAUGCGAGAUCCAAAUGGAGUGAAUAAAGGAUAUGGAUUUGUUGCAUAUACAAAUCCGGAGGACGCAAAUCGGGCUCUUGCAUCGAUGAAUGGUCAAAUGAUUGCUGGCAAACCUCUCUAUGUUUCCCUUGCAGAGAAAAAGGAAGAUAGAAGAGCAAGGUUAGAGGUACAAUUUUCACAAAUGAGGAUUGCUGAGAUGAGACCACAAUUUUCACUAGGUGCACCACCUCGAAUUCUAACUUACCCUAUGAGGCCUCCUGAGAUGACACCACAAUUAUUGUAUGGGCAACCACAUCGAGCAAUCAUAACUCAAACUGCAUUUGGUUUCCAGCAACAGUUUUUCGGUGGAGGGACGGGUCCAGCGCCAGUCUUCUAUCCAGUUCUUCUGCCGCCGCCCAGAGGACCCCAAGAAGCAGGUCCUAUGCGAUUGCCAAUUUUACCCCAACAGGUCUUAUUCUGCAUUCCUUUGGUGAUUCCCUUGUAUUUUCCGUUCUCUAUUGCUGAUGUGGAUACUUGUUGCUGUGGUUUUCAGAUGGGUCCAAGGGGACCUAUUUAUCAUAAUCCUCCUCCUGCCCCCAAUGCUCAAAAUAUUCCUCCGGAACCGAAAGGAACAGCUGAAGAAAUGCCCCCUUUUAUUGGCACUGGUCAGCCAAUGCCAAUUCAGGCCCUGGCAGCAGCCGUUGCCAAUGCUACUACUCCUGAUCAGAAGAGGAUUCUGCUUGGGGAAACUUUAUUCCCGUUAGUAGAAAAGCUGGUGCGUGAUGCAGCACCAAAGGUUACUGGUAUGCUUUUGGAGAUGGACCAUGCUGAGGUAUUACAUCUGAUUGAGUCACCAGAUGCUCUCGACACAAAAGUUACUGACGCCAUGUAUUUGUUGAGAAAAUUUGAAGAGAUCAAACAAUCGAUCGACCAAUUGACUGUCUCUGAAUGA